CCGCACAUUUUCGAGGAAAGGUGCUGCCAUCCUUGUACUGAACAUUAUUUGUAAAUAUGAUUAAUGGCGUAUCAGUCGAAUUAUAAUGUACCUAAGGCCAGGUUUAGACAUUAAUAAGCUAUUGUUUAGCUAUUCAUAACGCUACUUUUAAUUUAAAGUUACUAGCUAAUGUUAGUCAAACUGCACAUUUUAGUAAGCAGUAACGUUAGUGACAGCGAAAUUAUAAUGUACUUAUAAUUAUAAUUGUGUUUAUGCUUUUCUAAACUGUUUACAAACAUCUGCUGUUAAACAACAAACAGUAUCAGCUACAAGUAAACAAACAUAAUUAAACAAACAGAUGUGAUAAAUAAUUGUAAUACAUUAGUAGACUAAGUGCGGCUUUAAUUACACGUUUAUUGCACAAAACAUGACUGUGACCAUAAACUGAUGCAAUACAGAUCAAUUUUACAUGAGAAACCGAAAAGCUGAGGAACAUAGCUUUGUUAUUAGUAGAGGCUGAUAUAAUAUUUAAAUCAUUUUCCAUUUAUUCCAAGAUGACAGAGAAGUUAGGUUUACUAUCUACUAUCUACAUAGAACUUAACAGUUAAAAUAAAUAGAUAUCUUUUGUGGAAACUGAAGCAAAAUACCCAAAUAUAAUGCUUGCCAGAUGGACAGGCAGGAUGUUGCAUUUGACAAAAGCAACAAUAUCACUUAAAAGGAUACUUCUUUUUUUGUGAGAAAUAAUGUUUGCUGUAAAGACCAAUUUAAUUGAUCAGAAACGGUUCCACAUAGAAAAUCAAAACUAACUAGUGAGAGCCUCGUAAUAAACCACUAAUUACACCACUACACAAACACUAGUGCAUUAAAGCGUCAUAACAAAUCGGCUUACAGCCGUGCGCAUGCGCGUAUCGUGGGACGCUGCACCCCUCACCAAGUAGUCACCACUGGCUCAGACUCAGAAUGCCUGUCCGUUUUAAGGGAAUCAGCGAGUAUCGAAGUAAAUAUAAGGGUCGAGCAACACGAUCCAGAAGCGAUUCUCCACAUCGCAGGAUGCGACUGGCAGGACUGCGCUCUGACCAGUCAAGAAUUACUCAGGAACCCCAAUUCAUAUCCAAAAGGAAAGUGCCAUUUUAUCCACCACAGAUAACCGGUUCUUUCCAAUGGGACAGGCAUGAUCCGCCUCCACAGCAUCAGAAGAGCAGGCCUGUCACACGUCCAGCUGUCACACCUGUGCUCAGAGUCCCUAGUGCAGAAAGAGUAGCAACCCCUCUUGCCCCAAGAGACCCUGUGCCACCAGAGGGCACUACUGCACUGUCCCAACAACUACAAGCAGAGGCGCAAGCAGCUCAGACAUCCACCACUGCUGCAAACCAGAGGCAACAGAAACUAAAUGGAAUUAACCAUGUGCUACGGAAAAAAGCAGGACUGAGAUCGGAGCGACAGAGAAAUGGCCGUUUGAGCUCUGAGUACCAGAGACAGUUCAUGUGGAAAACGCCUGUGGCCGAUUCGCCCCUGCUAGCUGCACAUGAGAUGUUGUACAGUAACAACAAAGUCAUUCCACCCUUCAAAUCAAACCCGGUAAUUAUGGAGAGUGAGUAUAAGAGAAGUUUCAAAGGAUCACCUCCUCCCAGACCGCCACGCCUGAGGCGAGAUGUUGAACAAUACGAAAUCCCACAGCUCGAUGCCGAGAACACAACUCCAGAGAAGAGUAAGGGGAACAUAAAGAAGAAGAAGAAGAAGAAGGAGGAGGGACAACAUAGCAGAAAAUCAAGCCCCGAAGAGGAAGUCACCCACCGACAGCAACAGGAAGUGAGGUCACCCUGCGCCUUGAAAAACCCUUCACCCAAUGUUAUGAGGAAAGUAAAAACUGAGUACAGAUCCAACUUUCGUUCUCCCCUUCAGUAUAGUUACAGAGAUGGAGCAUGGGUGAAGAUCAAAACUGCAAAGGAGGAGGAGUGUGAAGGUUUUCACGAGUGGUAUCAUGAGGUGCAGGAGCUACGUGAAAAAGCUGAGGCCUAUAGGAAACGAGCCUGGGGAACUCAUUUUUCUCGGGAGCACGUGAAUCAAAUCAUGUCGGAGCACAACUGGAUGUGGGAGCCUUCCAGUGGCACCUCUUCCUCGUCCUCUAUUGAAUCUGAAGACUGCAGAAGCUGCAGUAGCAGCCCUAUCAUUGAGGCUUUGGACCUGGCCAGGGAUUGCAGUGUCAGAGGAAGCUUUAGCCCUGGGCCUUCUGCUUCUGUGGCAGCCAGCAGGAGAAGCUCUCCAGGAGAGCCUGGUCUUCAUGAAGACCCUACCCUCCCUGUGCAGAGGAAGUUGGCCUGGGAUGGAGAGAGAGACGAGUCGGAGAUUUCACAGGAGGAGCUAACAGUUGAAAAAAAUGAGGGGAAUCCAACAAAUGAGCAUGCGAGCAUAAAGGAGAGAAAUGAAAGGUUGCAAGUGUUGGAAACUGAGUCAUCGUCAGUGGUGGACAGUUGUGGUGGUUCCAUUGACAGGGGCAGAUUGCCCCCCAAACUCAGGACCAUGCAGACUAUACAAAGAACACAUCAUGAUCGAACCACACCAGCCACUGGAGGAGCUUUGUUGGUCUCUCCUCCGAAGAUCACACAAUCCUCCAGAGGAGUAAGAAGGAGUGAGCCACCUUUAGGAAAACCUCACUCUCCUUACAAACAUACCACAGAUGUUUCUCCACAGAGGCCACACAGUAAGGCUGAGAGUGGAAGCUUGCCACGUUCCUCGCCGGCUGCUGGCCUGACCACCGUAGAUCCAAUUCCCAUGCGUGAAGAUGCCUGGUCUGAGGAGGAGGAAGCAGCAGACUAUUCCGCCAGUCCAAAACAACACAAGCCAUUGCAAAAACAACAAACCAGCCACCGUUACAAAGCUGCAGUCCCUCCACCUGCCAACAGAAUCCAGGGCACAAUGAGAAACCCGGAAUUUCAGCAUAAUGGUAACCUGGGAAUUUUUCGGCCAGAGCUGUUUGUAUUUCCUGAAGCUGAAUCUUCCUGUGUAUCAGAUGAUGAUAGGAUGUCUCAGAUCUCAUCUAGAUCUGCAGCCUCUUGUUCCGUGGCCUCUGAACUCUUGGGUCGCGCUCAGAGAAGGAAAGAGGAAUUCUGGGGAAAGAGCUAAUGUGUCAACGCCCAUUAUUCGGUUGUGCAUAAACUGAAAAACGGGCAUUAACUUCUCAGGAUGUGAACAUGUACAUUUCUUCCAUUUUUUAAAUCUUUCACAGAAUUGUUUUUGUGUGAUUUUUACAUUUUUGGAUAGUCUGGUAUUUAAAAUUAAAAGAGAUUUGUAAUUAUUUUAUUAACUUUAAUUUUAAUAUGACUAGACCAAUAUUGUGCGUUCAGUACAAAUGAUUUUGCUAAUAAACACUAUAACUCAGUCUGCAAAAAAUAAAAUUACAUUUUUGUACAACAGAAAGACAUGUACUUUUUCUCUUUGAUACAUAUCUGAUAAAAUUAAUAUUUAAUAGCUCUAGGUGAGCAAUUAAACACAGUAAAUCCACAAUAGCAUUACAUUCCGACUCAUCUACUACAUCAGCAAUCACACAAAGUGAGAAAAUUGUGUAACGUGAAAAAAAAAUACAAGUUCUCAAAAUCAAUUAGCAAUUUCAUUGCUAGCCAUGACUUGUACUUACAUAUUUUUGACAUGACGUACCAUAGUUGUUUCAUAACAGUAGUUCCUACAAAAACAUGCCUACAGCAUGACCCGUUUAGUCUGAUUCAUGAA